AUGCUACUCUUCUGGAUUGGCGUUGUUGACCUAGUCCAGUUGAUCGGUCACACGUAUACCGGACUCUUGUAUCUGUCAAUGCGCGGAACUGAUGAAUUUACUUGCGUAAUCGGCGCGUUCGUGGAGACCGGCUUUUUCCUGACCGGAUACCUGACGAUGCUACUUCCGGUCCACCGGGUCAUCUACAUUCUAUGGGCCGUCAGAGCGUCCAGAAUAGCAAAACCUUGGAUCCUAAAGGCAUUGCUAAAGGGGUACCUGAUCUUUGCCAUAUUCUGGCUGCUAUUUUUCCUGAUCAUCAGCCCGGUCGUUUUUCUGCCGGAACGGGUUUUCAUUGUUCUGGCGAUAGGCGGUGUUUCCUACGCUACUUGGUACUACCUAUUGCCAUUGGCACCGCAGGCCGAACCACACGAUAAAUUGAUCAUCGCCUAUGUUUCCGACAUGGUGUGGGUGCUGUACAACGGGGCGAACCCGGUCAUCUACUUGGUUUUUCAUCGAGAAAUCCGCCGGCAAAUGUUCGACUACCUGCGGUUCCGGAAGCCACGUCCGAUGGAGAAUUCGACGUUGGGGGUCACAACAACGACGAGCGUCCGCGAGCAAGUCCAGAUGCAGCAUGUCAAUCGCAAAAAGUCAUCGCCCUUCAGCUCUCUCAGGGGCAAAGGCGCC